AUGACCAUACGUGACGGAAUAGUCGAUGGCUCUGGUUCGAUAUCGAACAACAUCCGUCACAUGAUGAAAACUGAGGCUAGCAGUGACUAUCGCUUCCUCGAUGAUCAUGUGCAACAGAAGCACGCUCCUGAGAGCAAAUGCUUCUUCGUCGUACUGUUGGUUGGCAUAUACUGGCUGUUCGAAGCUUUACCUCUGGCGGUUACCGCGCUGUUGCCCAUAGUGCUAUAUCCGAUGCUUGGCAUCUUAUCAGCUGAUGAAACCUGCAAAAGUUAUAUGCCGGAUGUAAACUUUUUAUGCUUCGGCGGUCUCGUCGUAGCUCUUGCGGUCGAGAAGUGCAAUCUGCAUCAAAGAAUCGCAUUACGGGUUCUCACAUGGGUCGGGCCAAAGCCAAAUUGGAUCUUACUUGGUUUUAUGUGCAUCACCGGUUUUCUAACGAACAGCGAAAAUGGAAUCGUGAUCAAUUCGUUGUGUAUGAAGAUGAUUAUCGAACAGACUGUCCACGAGGGUCGUAAGACGUUGCCUAAACUUGAAACACGGACAAGUCAAGAGGUUACUAACCUUGCCAAAGCACUUUUGCUUGGCAUGUGCUUCGCCUCCAGCUUAGGAGGAAUGGCGACACUUACCGGCACAUCCACGAACCUGAUAAUGGCGGGACUUGUUACAAACUCGUUCCCGUUGGAAAAGGGUCAGAGCGUCAACUAUACGCUUUGGAUGCUGUUUGCUGUGCCGGUCACCGUCAUCUGCCUCAUAAUGUGCUGGCUUGUGCUGCAGUUCUAUUUCCUCGGCAUCCGGUCGACGAUCAAAAACCUGACAUGCGGCGACUCUAGGAUGAACAGCUCAGAGGAAAAGGUCAAGAAGAUUAUUGCUAGUAAAUAUUCAAAUCAGCCAUCGAUGUCCUACGCCGAAGUAUCCGUUCUUACGCUCUUCUCCAUCCUGGUUUUGAUGUGGAUGCUCCGUGAUCUUGGCGCAUCGACAUUCAGCGGCUUUGGGGUGCUCUUCAAACCUAGGUACUUCACGGACGGCACGAGCGCCAUCCUAGUCACGAUUCUGCUGUUUAUUCUGCCCGACCAGAAAAUGCAUAUAUUUAGCUCGUCUUCCAGUACCCUGAUGGACUGGAAAACGAUGACCGCCAAGUUUCCGUGGAACGUUAUUUUGCUGCUGGGCGGUGGAUUCGGACUGGCUGCUGGCGUCAGGCAAUCAGGACUUUCAGCGAGCAUAGGCGCCCUGCUGUCGCUGGUCGGAAACAUCCCUCUGUAUGCCUUGCAACUGCUGUGCAUGACCAUGGCGGUGGUGGCAACCAACAUCGCCAGCAACAUCGUCGUCGGCAGCAUCUUGAUUCCGGUCACAGCUACCUUAGCUCAAAACUCUCAUAUUAACCCGUUAGCCUUGAUAUUUCCCACCACCAUUGCUUGCUCGUACGCCUUUAUGCUACCAGCUGGAACACCGCCUAACGCCAUUGUACUGGCUCCAGGCAUUAUUAGACUGAAAGACAUGGCUGGAGCAGGUUUCUUCGUAUCCAUCGUCUGCAUAGCGUUCGUUACAAUUCACUGUCAAACGUUGGCCAACCUAUACAUCGCUUUUGACACGUUUCCGGUGUGGGCGGAAAUCCUGAACGUCACUACAGUCGCACCUGUCUAG